ACUGCACAAAAAGAAAAGUGGGUGAAACCACACUUAUAGAGAGAGAAAGUUCGUGGAAGCAACCUUUUCACACCGUUCAUCAAUAUUCCACUGAUACUGACACCCACACGCUCAUCCAUUUCCACUCAUUCACUCUCUCUCAAUCAGCCUCUUCAAGGAUAAGAAUUCAUGGGUGGAUCACAUUCAAAACGGAGGGGCUCUAGAAGCUCUAGGCAACGUUCUUCAUCAUCUUCAAGGUCAAAUCCUAUGUUUCCUCAAUAUCAAUCUCCUUAUUUGCCACAACCACAGGAUCAUGGAACAAUGGGGUAUAAUUAUGGGGUUCAACCUCCACCUCAAAGCUAUGGUGGUAGUGUUGCUCAUGCUCCUCAACAAAGUAAGAGUUCGGAUAAAAAGUUUACAAGGAUUGGUGAUAAUUAUAGUAGUUUGGAACAGGUAACUGAGGCUCUAGCAAGUGCUGGCCUAGAGUCUUCUAAUCUCAUUGUUGGUAUUGAUUUUACGAAAAGCAAUGAGUGGACAGGCGCAAGGUCAUUUCAAAGGAGAUGCCUUCAUCACAUCGGGAACGAACAAAAUCCGUAUGAACAAGCUAUAUCUAUCAUUGGGAAAACAUUGUCCUCCUUUGAUGAGGAUAACUUGAUUCCCUGUUUUGGAUUCGGAGAUGCUUCAACACAUGACCAAGAAGUUUUUAGUUUCAAUGCCGAGGAUAGAUUUUGUCACGGGUUUGAAGAAGUUUUGUCACGUUAUAGGGAAUUGGUUCCUCAAUUAAGGCUUGCAGGACCCACAUCAUUUGCCCCAGUCAUUGAGAUGGCUAUCACCAUAGUUGAGCAAAGUGAAGGCCAAUACCAUGUUUUAUUGAUUAUAGCAGAUGGGCAGGUGACAAGAAGUGUUGACACAGAGCGUGGGCAAUUGAGUACACAAGAAAGAAAAACUGUAGAAGCAAUUGUGAAAGCUAGUGAAUAUCCCCUGUCAAUUAUACUAGUCGGAGUUGGAGACGGGCCAUGGGACAUGAUGAAAGAAUUUGACGAUAACAUACCUGCUCGAGCAUUUGAUAAUUUCCAGUUUGUGAAUUUCACCGAAAUAAUGUCAAAGAAUAUGGAUCGGUCUAGAAAGGAAGCCGAGUUUGCACUCUCUGCGUUAAUGGAAAUACCUUCGCAGUACAAGGCAACACUAGAACUUAAUAUAUUGAGCAAUCGUAGAAGGAAUGAUAUAAAUAGGAUUCCUCUACCACCACCUCAAUAUGGCACAUCAUCUUUCAACACCCCAAAAUCUUCCAUUCAAAAUAAUUUUCGCCCCAGCGCACCAUCUCACAGUCACAACAAACCCAAUGUUGGCACGAACCCCCAUGCAAGUUCUGCUUCUGAUAAUCAGUUUUGUCCCAUUUGCCUUUCCAAUCCAAAGGAUAUGGCCUUUGGUUGCGGACAUCAGACAUGCUGCGAGUGCGGUCAAGAUCUUGAGCUAUGCCCCAUUUGCAGGAGUAGCAUUAAUACUAGAAUAAAGCUUUAUUAGAUUAUAUCUCUGAAAACAUGUGCAGGGUUUUUGGUGUUGAAGUAUAUGAAACCUAGCAAGUUUCUUGAUGACCAGGGAAGUGUAAAUAGUUUUGGCAUUACAUACUCAAGUCCGUGCUUUGAGCACAUUUUAUAUUACUGUUGGUUCUCCAUUGAUAUAUUUAUUUUUUGGAAAUUCAUCAAUAUAAUUUUGCACGCUUUAUUUUUAUAA